GGAGGAACAAGUUAUCAUGAGAACGCUGGUUGUCUUCGUGGUGCUGGGUGCGUGCUCGGCUGCCCCCCUCUCAGGAAGCGCGCCCAGCAUGCAGCCUGAGAGAACCCGGCUUCUGGACACCUUCCGGGCCAUUCGCGCCGCCUCGCCCCAGCAGCCGAAGUGGACAGGGCCGCCCGCAGCCACCAUCCCCGCGGGCGUCGACGGCACCAUCACCCCCGUGAGCGACACCCUCGAAGUCGCCGUCGCUCGCCAGAUCUUCAUGAACGCUUACCAGGCUCAGGUCGCGGCUACCGUAGGCAUCCCGCCCACGGCCGCCCCGAAGGCCCCGGCCAAGGAACCUGCUGCGGCCGCUUCGAAGCAGGCCGUGAAGGUGGCCGCUCCCAAGCAGGCUGUGAAGGAACCCGCGCCGGCCCAGCCCAAGUGGACCGGCCCCGUCGCCGCCACCGUCCCCGCCGGACUCCCAGGCUCCUCCCCCCAGGUCGCCGACACUCCCGAAGUCACGGCCGCCAAGCAGCAGUUCUUCAGCAUUUACAACAGGCAGGCGGCAGCUGCGGCGCCUGCUGUUGGUGGCGCUUAGGAGGUGCGGGGAUGAAAUGUAAAGCAUUGUGAAUAUAAAGAAAAAAAGCAUACGCAUAGAUACAUGCACACCUAUCUGUGUUUGUAUGUGAGUGUGCUUAUGUGUGCUUACAUCUGUUAUGCAAGUAUGGCAUAUGAUGUAUACCUAUGCUGUUUUAUGUACACUGCAGUAUGCUUAAUUGGCCAUACCUUGUAGAGCUUUGCUAAUCUAUAUGUACGUGAAUAUCAGAUUCCAUUGGUGCUUCAACUAGAUAAUCAUUUUAGAAAUCAAGGCUCUUAUGAAGUUAGUAAAAUCAGAGA